AUGCCCGAGAACCACCGCCCGACAAAUACCCAUGCACCCCCAAAAUACAAACCGACACCCACCUACCUUACACAACCUGUAACCGAGCCUUUCCCUUUACUCGCGAAGCCAACCACCGCUCCACCACCUAUACCCGAAUAUAAUAUCCCCCGACCUGGGCUACACCGAGAAUAUGGCCUUUCAUAUAUGCCACCUCUUUUUAUCGGCUUCACACGCCAAUGGCCGAUGCUCUUGCAAUGUGUAGUCGGCUACUUGACGGCUGGCUGGCCACCUGAGUCCAUCUUCGUCGUUGAAAACACAGGCGUGCAAGACUCAAACUCGCAAGCUAAACUUAGCCUGCAAAACCCCUUCUAUCUCGACUACGCCAUAUUGCGGAAGCUUGGUGUCAAUAUCAUACAAACACCUGUCUUGUUGACGUUCUCGCAAAUGCAGAACUUCUUCCUGGCCACUGCACAUUCACGAAGUUGGCCGUAUUACUUCUACUCUCACCAAGAUGUGUUGGUAUUUUCAUUUGAGGAUGGCCCUGACACAUUGAAGCGGCCCGGCGAUAGGGAUUGGUUCUUCUAUGAUGAGCAAGACGAAGCGGAUAUUAUGCGCCCUCCUGCUGCCGGUCAGAACGGUUACCGGACCAUUUACGAAAAUUGUCUUCGCGAAUUAAACAGAACUUUGGAGGCCGAGGAACGAUGGGCUUUCCGUUGGUUUCAGUACGACCACCUGACCUUGGUGAACAGAGAGGCGCUGGACGCCGUAGGUGGUUGGGACUCAUUGAUGCCAUAUUAUGGUAGUGAUUGCGACAUGAAUGCAAGACUACAAAUGGAUGGCUGGACUAUGAAGCAUCGUCGCGUAGGCAUUAUAAAUGAUGUAUCAACCGUAUUGGAGGAUCUAGCCGCAUUGUAUCGCGACCCAAAUGUCACUCCCAAGUUCAUCGAUCCGAAUCCCAUUCCUCCCGAGGAACAUCCCGAAGAACAGAAGGAGCCGCCAAAGGAAAAUCAGAAAGAUGAUAAAAAGAAAGAAGCGGAGAAAAGGGACGGGAGAGUCAAUGGCACCAGCAGUAUUAAUGUUGUCAGGUCGAUCGAGUAUUUCCGAGAGCUCGUUAAUAUUGGCAAUGACAUGGGUGCACACAAAUACCGCGAUGACAAGAACGCUCGGAAUUCAUGGCAGAACAGCCAGCACGGCGGGGUUGGAGAGCCUUACUAUUAUAAUGCGGAAGGGUUCUCAACAUCAUUCUGGAUUCUAGCAGAAGCCGGUCGCGAGAUCUUCCGACAGAAAUGGGGUCAUCAAGGUUGCGAUCUGGUGGAGGAAACAGCUCUGAAGCUCGAGGACCAAUGGCUCGUCGAGAAGGAUUGGGAAUAACCCAACUGUAAAACAGCAGGCGCAUUAGAAGGUAUUGAUUUUGGAGGCGUUCCGGAGUGUAGAAGGAUGAUCUGUUCUAGUGAUAUCCAUGCAUCCAAUGAUGCCUAGAUGAGA